CGGCAGGUGGCGCUCUCGGGUAUCGCCACUCUGUGUUUUGUUCCGGUAGCGCUUCCGGGUUCUAAUGUUUACAUCUGGGAGCAGCUACAAAGCACACAGUUUGUUUUCCAGGCUAAUGAAAACCUUCUUGCACGUUAAGAACAGCAUGUUUUCCAAGUGCUAGGACCUGUGCACAGUCACGGCAGCCUUCACGAAAUCAGCUGCUGACAAAAAUAACAGUAAAUGAUGAAGAAGAAAAGUAGACAUACAAGGUCUUCUGAGACGCCGCAAAAGCUCAGCAGGACGCCGAUGCCAGUGGAUGUCACCAGUGAGAAGAGGUCACCUGGAAACAGAGGGCGACCUCGGAAGACUGCCGCUGUAACCACAGAUAGUUUCUACCUGAAUGACUGUGCAACAGAAAAGACCACCGAUGCAGACUUCAAUGUGACGACAGUCGAAGACGCCCAGAAACAUCCAGAGACUAAGUCCAGAUCUUCAGGUAGACUCUCUGCUGCUGUCUGCCGGCUUUGUCACGGGAAGUUUUCUCCGCGCAGCUUGCGGCACGCCUUCAACAAAUGGCCUCGGGAUUCCCUCAGUAUCGUAGACGAGGAGUCAGACGCCGUGGCGCAGUCACCGCUUCUGUUCCACACAGACUUCCAAAGGCUGGUCGGGGUCCAGGUGGACCGUGACCCUCGGCUUUCGGAAUUUAUUUGCAAGAAAUGCCAUGCAAAGUUUUAUAAGUGCCAAAGCAUCCUGAUCCGGUUUCUGCAGAGAGUCAAUCUCCCGCCUGUGGGGAAGGAGAACCUGAAAAAUCAGAAGAAUGCAAAGGGUCCAGAGACCUCUGUAAACCAUUGCUCAUCAACUCCCUCAUCCUUUACCUCAGACACAAAGUGCCUCCACAGUCUGGUGUCCUGGGCUCAUCACCACGGAGAGGCCUGCCGCUCCUGCCCCGACCUGAAGGAGGUGCUGGAGGGCCAGUGCCUGGGCGCCAUUAAGGCUGUUUGGGGUUGCGUCAAUGGUCACAGAUACAUCAUGGACACUCACCGCAGCACUACCUCCAACCAGUGCUCCAGCAACAGAGCAUUAGGGAGUGGGAGGGGUGAUGGAGCAAUGUCAGAGGAGGAGGAACAAGAACAAGACGGCGAGGAAGACGAAGAGGAGCAAUCCGGCGGGAACGGAAUGACCUCAUCGAGAAGUACUAGUACUGUGGUUCAGCGCAGUCCACCUGCAGCAACGGCUCAGACGCAGAGCUCAGCGCCUGAUGACUGGACGGGCGACAACGAAGAUUACACAGGUCACGAGGAGGCCUUGUCUCCUGCUCCGGGUCAGCUGGAGGACAGAACUGCUGGCAGUGAUCUUUCUGACAGGGUCAUCUCUGAAGAUGAGUUUGAUGAGGGUAGAAAAGGAGGGCUGUCUGAUGAGGAGUUUGAGCCAUACUCGGAGAAGAGAGCCCACAGGGUCAACGUCCCAAACAAGAGAAGAAAAAGCUCAAAGGCCCCAGAGGAGCCCAAAAUCAGAAAGAAGCCUGGACCCAAGCCAGGCUGGAAGAAUAAGUUCAAACCUAAGGGGGAGGAGCUCCCCAACAUCUACAAGUGUCCAUAUCAGGGUUGUACGGCUGUCUACAGAGCUCCCGAUGGUCUCAAGAAACACAUCAAGGAACAUCACGAGGAGGUGAGGGAGCGACCGUGCCCUCACCCUGGCUGCAACAAGGUUUUCAUGAUCGACCGCUACCUGCAGCGGCAUGUCAAGCUCAUCCACACAGAGGAGAGGAAUUACAUUUGUGACCAGUGCGGUCAAACCUUCAAACAAAGAAAACACCUAUCAGUUCACCAGAUGAGGCAUUCGGGGGCCAAGCCACUACAAUGUGAGGUUUGUGGCUUCCAGUGUCGCCAGCGAGCAUCACUGAAAUACCACAUGACCAAACACAAAGCCGAGGCUGACCUGGAGUUUGAGUGCUUGAUGUGCAGCAAGCGUUUCGAGAAGGCCCACAACCUGAACGUGCACAUGUCCAUGGUGCACCCGCUGACACAGGCUGAGGCUCAGAGGGGCAGCGGGCAGCAGCAGCAGACAUACCCGGACCUACACACCAUCACGCUGACCGGGGAGGUGGUUCAGCAAGAGCAAGACAGAUGACAGAAGGAA